AUGUACUGGCUUCUGGUGGCCCUGCUACCACUGUUCUUACACGAGGUGACAGCGAUGCGGAAGCAAGGAGUUGCGGUUCGUGGACGACUGUUAUGCGGUGCAGUACCGGCGAAUGGAACUAAAGUUCGUAUCGUCGAUCUUGAUACAGGACCAGAUCCGGAUGACACAUUGGAUGAGAAGAUGAUCGACGCUGAUGGGAAAUUCGAACUGAACGGGAGCACUCGCGAGCUUACGCCCAUCGAUCCAGUGCUGUACAUAUGGACCGACUGCGAGGAUGGAAUAACUCCUUGUCAACGCAAAAUAACGCUGAAAAUUCCGAAAAAGUUUAUCCAUAACGGAACUCCAAAACCGGAACAAUGGAUUGAUGCUGGAGUGAUGAAUUUGCAAGGGAAAUUCGAGGAAGAAGGACGAGAAUGCUUACACUGA